GAGCGCAUGCGCGGUGUGGUCCGCGGCCUAGUGCAAGGGGAGGCCGUGGGCUUGAGUCUGGGAGUAAGGCUGCAGGAUCCGGCCUGGCCCAUGGCUCUGAGCGGGCUCCGCUGGGGCGGGCCGGCUGCGCUGUUGUUGCGGAGAAACGGCCGGGCCCUGUCCCGGGCGACGGCCCCGUUUCGGCCGGGCCGAGUGGCGGUUCUCAGCAAAACCACCCGCUUCGAGUUCGAGCAGGAGCGGGGCCGCGCGGAGGGAGAGCGGCGGAGGGAGCUCCGGGAGAGGCUUGCUACGAAAGGAUCCAGUUACAGUGGGUUACUGGAACGACACACUGUUCACAACGCCAAUGUACAGCAUGUGGUGGACACUCUGCAUAAGGAAGGAAUUGAGGUUCGCCUGGUGAAGCGGAGGGAUUACACUGAGGAGACCGUGCAAUGGGCGGAUGCCAUCAUAUCUGCUGGAGGGGAUGGCACCAUGCUGCUGUCGGCCAGCAAAGUGUUUGGGCAGAUCAAACCUGUCAUUGGAGUCAACACGGAUCCAGAAAGGUCUCAGGGGCACUUGUGCCUCCCAGUCAGGUACACACACUGUUUCUCAGAGGCUCUGCAGAAGCUCCACCAGGGAAAGUUCAGCUGGCAGUGGAGACAGCGGAUCAGGAUCUGCCUGGAAGGAGCAGGAAUAAACCCAACGCCUGUGGACCUCCAUGAACAGCAGCUGAGCCUGGAGCAGCACCAGACUGCACAUCGCGAUGUGGCACAGCCUGCCUUGUGUGACAUAGUGAACGCUGAUCCUCAGCUCCUGCCUGUCAGAGCAUUGAAUGAAGUAUUUGUGGGGGAGUCACUGUCCUCUCGGCUCCGGUAUCACUCCCACAAACAAAGUCUUAAAUUCUCGCUCCAUAGGGCCUCAUACUAUGAGAUCUCUAUUGAUGAUGGACCCUGGGAGAAGCACAAGAACUCUGGCCUCAACAUGUGUACUGGAACUGGCUCCAAAGCUUGGUCCUACAACAUUAAUAAAUUGGCCUAUCAGGAAGUGGAGGAUCUUCUGUCUAUAGCUAAAGAGAAGAGCCGAGUGGAUCUGCCUAUCGAUCAAGAGCUUGUGGAGCGAGUCACUGAUCACUACAACCAGUCACUUAUAUUCUGUCCCGAGGACCCCAAGAUCUUCUUCAGCAUCCGGGAGCCCAUCGUAAACCGAGUAUUCACCAGCUGUCAGCACCGAGGCUUUACGAACAAGAUGAGUGUACGCUCGAGGUGCUGGGAUGCCUGUAUGGUGGUGGAUGGUGGGACUUCAUUUGAAUUCAAUGAUGGUGCGAUCGCCACCCUGACUGUGGACAAGGAGGAUGCCUUGUGCACAGUUGUCCUGGAGGACUAAGAUUCUCUCCCAAUACCCGGGGCACUAUUGGACUGUGCUGUACUACUGAGUGGGUGGCAGGGGGAACGUGGGCUCGUACUCAUUGCCUUCUCCAGUUGAAUGGCUGGGAUGCCUGGGGGUUUGAGCUGCUUGUGGGUGGGAGUCUGGGUUUCUGUGGAGCAUGGGCUGGUGCUGCUGGGAGGAGAGGGUUGACUCAGUCGAGGAUUGUAUCCAGAGAAUGUUGUCUUGGUUGCAGUAGAUUGGAGCCCAGUUAUUAUAUUCUCCAGUCAAAUUAUUGUGUUUCCAGCAGCCUCAGGUUAUGCACCUUGUCACACAGGGAAAAGCCCUCAUUCUGGUGUUUCUAUCGCUGAAGCCUCCCUCUCCCUCUUCCAUGGGCAGUACCUGUUGUACAUGCCCUUCUGUGGGAACCAAGAUGCUAUCUGAAUAACUGAUCCAGACUGGGAUCCCAGAGGGGAAGGGUCCUGACUCUCACUGGUUCCAUCAUCUCAAAUCUACAGUGUUUAUUGGCGAGUGAACAGAAAGACACAAUUGGCUUGGUCUGUAACCUGGCCUCCCCUGUUCCAAUGCACUAGCAUAGAGGGAGAGUUUGAGUGUGCCAAAAGGAGGUGACUGAGGAGGUGUCUGGUGCAUGUGUGUGAGUGAAUGAGUGUGAACUGCACCAAUACAAUCAGACAAAAAGUAAAGUCAAAAACAAUAAUAAACUUUCAAACAAG